GUUUCGAUCUUAGUGCAGAGGAAGAGCCUGGAAGUUGCUGAUCGUUGCUCUUGCUCUGAAGACAUGGUUGCCGUUGGACCGAUGCGGGCAGCUAUUAUGCUAUCUCUACUGGUGGCUAUCCCGGCCUCUGCCACCACCUCCGGAGACGAAAAUAAGAUCCCGACGUUCGUCCGUUCUUCCCCAGAAGCCUCUCCUGUGAAUUCCCUCGAAGGAGCCUACGCCUUAGACAAACGCAACCUAUCCUUCAGGUCUUGCACGGGCGUCUACGACCGCGAACUCCUUGUAAGGCUCGACCGCGUGUGCGAAGACUGCUAUAACGUGUACCGCGACGUCGGAGUGGCAGCAGAAUGCAGGAGUAACUGUUUCCACAACGAGGUGUUCCUGUACUGCGUGGACUACAUGUUCCGGCCUCGCCAAAGGAACCAGUACCGGGCCGCCCUGCAGAGGCUCGGCAAGUAGGUGGAGCCUCUUCAGCCAGACCUCGCCAUGCGACUCCCCAGAUGACCAGACUCCAGACUCCUCUUUGGUUGCUUUUGUGUCCUGAGUUGAAAGGUGAAAUAAUGAUGGCAGGGAAGCGUUUUGUAGCCUGUACUAUUUGCCCCCAAAUCAAAUAAAAGCAUAAAAGAAA